ACGAAAUAUCAGUAGAAAAACACUUUUUCCUGAAAAAAAUAUCAUUUUCAAUGCAACUUCACUUAUAAAAUCAUGCAUGGCUUCACUUGUUUUUCUCGAAGUCCCAUAUUUUCUUUCAAAAUCCAUUUUGCAGGGUUUAGUUUGAUACUUCGAGUGAUAUCAGUAAAGAAGAGUAUGGCAGGGAAGAUUUCAUAUAUAUUUCUUUGUAUGAAUGUGAUCCCCCUUUUAGCGGCUGCUGCAUCACGAGCUUGCUCUGCUCAAUCUGAUGCAAAAUGUUCUCAAACCGGUGAAUGGAAUGGGGAAUUUUUCCCUGGAAUUCCCAAAAUCAAGUAUGAGGGUCCUUAUACCAAGAAUAAAUUUGCAUAUAAAUGGUAUAAUGCAGAAGAGGUGAUUCUUGGGAAGAAAAUGAAGGACUGGUUGAGAUUCAGUGUGGCAUUUUGGCAUACAUUCCGUGGAACCGGUGUUGAUCCUUUCGGUGCACCUACGAAAUUUUGGCCAUGGGAAGAUGGUACCAAUUCCAUUGCUAUGGCAAAAAGAAGAAUGAGAGCCAACUUUGAAUUCAUAAACAAGCUUGGUGUUGACAGGUGGUGUUUCCAUGACCGGGACAUUGCUCCCGAGGGCAAAACACUUCAGGAAACUAAUUCAAACUUGGAUGAAGUGGUGAAACUUGCUAAAACACUUCAGGGAAACAAUAUCCGUCCACUGUGGGGUACGGCUCAACUAUUUAUGCAUCCUCGUUACAUGCAUGGUGCUGCUACAAGCUCUGAAUUGGGUGUAUAUGUAUACGCUGCAGCUCAAGUCAAGAAAGCCAUGGAGGUGACACACUAUCUAGGUGGAGAAAACUAUGUGUUUUGGGGUGGUCGUGAAGGUUAUCAAACACUAUUGAACACAGACAUGGAAUUUGAACUUGAUCAUAUGGCAAAAUUUCUUGAAGCUGCGGCUGCCUACAAGAGGAAGAUUGGAUUCACCGGAACUCUAUUGAUUGAACCUAAGCCUCAAGAACCUACAAAACAUCAAUAUGAUUGGGAUGCUGCAACAACAACUAAUUUCUUGCGAAAAUAUGGGUUGAUUGGGGAUUUCAAACUUAACAUUGAGUGCAACCAUGCCACACUCUCUGGUCACAGUUGCCAUCAUGAUGUUGAGACUGCAAGAAUCAAUGGAUUGCUAGGAAAUAUUGAUGCAAACUCUGGCGAUGCUCAGACAGGUUGGGAUACAGAUCAGUUCUUGACAGAUACUCGAGAGGCAACUAUGAUCAUGCUAAGUGUGAUUAAAAAUGGAGGAUUAGCACCAGGAGGCUUAAACUUUGAUGCAAAAUUACGGAGAGAGAGCACAGAUGUUGAGGACUUGUUCAUUGCUCAUAUUGUUGGAAUGGACACCUUAGCCCGUGGACUCCGAUAUGCUGCCAAGUUGAUUGAGGAUGGUUCUUUGGCUAAGCUUAUUCAUAAACGAUAUUCAAGCUUCCAUAAUGAACUCGGUGCCCUCAUUGAGGCUGGUAAAGCUGAUUUUGAAAUGCUUGAGAAGAAAGCAAUGGAAUGGGGCGAACCUACGGUUGCUUCAGCCAAGCAGGAACUUGCGGAAAUGAUCUUCAACUCUGUGCUAUAAGAGGGACCUUGACUAGCAAUGUCUUUUUGCAAUUUAGCAUUAGGAAUAAUUGAUGGUGUUUUAUCAAUAAGUACAGUUUAUGUAAUUUUCUUCUCUCUUUUUUUAGUCUUUUGUGCCUAAAUUUGACUUUUUUUAAUUUGGUAUUUAAUUUUUUAGGUCCAAUUUGGUUCUCUUUUUCCUAUUUUGAUAUUUAAUUUUUUGUCCAAUUUGAUACUUGAAACAAUGUUAGUUUUUGAGGUAACAAAAUAAUCAAUGUACAGAUAAAAGACAUGGUGUUUCUUUUU